CCAUUCUUCCUAUGCAGACAGACACACAACAUGGCGGACUAGAAUAGUCGGCCGACGCGCCCGGAUACAGCGGAUAAACCGUGGGAUUUAACACCCAGGAAGGCCAAGAAAGUACACUCGGACGGGACGAUAAGUUAGGACGAAUCGAGGAUUUUAAGCGGGGGUGCCGUCCUCGCCUGGAUUUAGCAGCUAAACUGACUGUGAAGUGUUGGCUGUGUGUCCCAGAUCGUGCUUCCCUCCUCUGCUAUCACCCAGGUCCCCCCACCCCGCUCACACUCUCGGUUCCUGGGGUGUGGAGACAGGGGCCGGGGUUGAAAAACGUGGAAGAGAAGGAGAGGAUAAAUUCCUGCUUGGCUCUGGUUUCUCUCCCCCCACCCCACCUCGGGUUUCCUCUGGGCGCUACAGGAGUUGUGGACUACGCUGUGCGAAUGAGUGAUUGAUGCCAACUUCGCUUCUUCAGGGCAGAAUGGGUGUGUGUCCCCUGCUCCUGCUGCUCGGUGUAGCCCUCGGGGCCUCAGCCCAGGAUCAUGUCCCCAUCACAAGUCCUCCGAAUAUCACUGCCAAACCCACAGACCCCCCUACUGCACCCUUCCUCAACUUUACAGUUGCACGCACACAAGCCCCCACUGGCCCACACACAACGCUCGCCCCCGCAGUAGUCAUCCCAGUAACGACAAUAACAACAACAACAACAACAACAACCACAAGCCCAGCUGGUGAGGAGGACAUACAAGGGGCUGGUCCCAAUGGCUCCAGGCGUUUGUUACCAGUCCCUGCUCCCACAUCUCCAGCUCCAAGUGAUGCCCCUCCGGCACCACCGAGCACUCAGCCUCCCCCUCCUCCCACCCUGGCGGGGGGAGACAACAAGACCACAGCCAUUCCUCCAGACACCCUGACUCCAGAUUACCCUGAUGAGGAUUUAUUCAGUGCGGAGCCAGAGACCACCACAGAACCUGGGAUGGGCUUCACCUCAGACACGACCCCACAUGACACCACCCAUUCCGAUGACAUGCCGAUUAUUGCGGUCAUGGUGGCCCUGUCGUCUCUGCUGGUCAUCAUCUUCAUCAUCAUCAUCCUCUACAUGCUCAGGUUUAAGAAGUACAAGCAGGCAGGAAGCCAUUCAAACUCCUUCAGACUGACUAAUGGCAGAUCAGAUGAUACAGAACUCCAGAGCGUCCCGCUAUUGGCCCGUUCGCCCAGCACAAACAGGAAGUACCCGCCCCUCCCUGUCGACAAACUUGAGGAAGAAAUGAACCGUCGCAUGGCUGAUGACAAUAAGCUCUUCAGGGAGGAGUUUAAUGCGCUGCCAGUGUGUCCCAUCCAGGCAUCGUGCGACGCUGCUUCCAAGGAAGAGAAUAAAGAAAAGAACAGAUAUGUCAACAUCCUGCCAUAUGAUCACUCCAGGGUGCAUCUCUCAUCUCUGGAGGGAGUCCCAGACUCUGACUUCAUCAACGCCUCCUUUAUAAAUGGUUAUCAAGAGAAGAAUAAGUUUAUUGCAGCUCAAGGGCCCAAGGAGGAAACUGUAAAUGACUUCUGGCGGAUGAUCUGGGAGCAGAACACAGCCACCAUUGUCAUGGUGACCAAUCUGAAGGAGAGAAAAGAGUGUAAGUGUGCCCAGUACUGGCCGGACCAGGGCUGUUGGACAUACGGGAACAUCCGAGUGUCUGUAGAAGACACCAUGGUUCUGGUGGACUACACCAUCCGCAAGUUCUGCAUCCAACAGGUGGGAGAUGUGUCUGGGAAGAAGCCUCAGAGGCUCGUCACCCAGUUCCACUUCACCAGCUGGCCAGACUUCGGGGUGCCCUUCACUCCUAUUGGCAUGCUCAAGUUCCUCAAGAAAGUCAAGAAUUGUAACCCCCAUUAUGCCGGGGCCAUUGUGGUCCACUGUAGUGCGGGCGUGGGGAGGACAGGUACCUUCAUUGUGAUCGAUGCCAUGUUGGACAUGAUGAUCGCUGAGAGGAAGGUGGACGUGUUUGGCUUCGUCACCAGGAUCAGAGCCCAGCGCUGUCAGAUGGUCCAGACUGAUAUGCAGUACGUGUUCAUCUUCCAAGCGUUGUUAGAGCACUACCUGUACGGAGACACAGAGCUGGAGGUGACCUCUCUGGAGUCCCACCUGGCCAAACUCUACGCCCCCUCACCUGGAGCUGGCUGCAGUGGUCUGGAGGCUGAAUUCAAGAAACUGACAUCCAUCAAGAUUCAGAAUGACAAGAUGAGAACAGGCAACCUGCCGGCCAACAUGAAGAAGAACAGAGUCCUGCAGAUCAUUCCAUAUGAGUUCAACAGAGUGAUCAUUCCAGUCAAACGAGGAGAGGAGAACACCGACUACGUCAAUGCCUCUUUCAUUGAUGGCUACCGUCAGAAGGACUCCUACAUGGCGAGCCAGGGCCCCCUGCAGCACACCAUAGAGGACUUCUGGAGGAUGAUCUGGGAGUGGAGAAGCUGCUCCAUAGUCAUGCUCACUGAGCUGGAGGAGAGAGGGCAGGAAAAGUGUGCUCAGUAUUGGCCCAGCGAUGGAGUGGUGGUCUAUGGGGACAUCUCCAUCGAGAUUAAAAGGGAGGAGGAGAGUGAGAGCUACACGGUUCGUGACCUCCUGGUUACCAACAACAGGGAGAACAAGGCCCGAGCAGUACGUCAGUUCCAUUUUCAUGGCUGGCCAGAGGUGGGCAUCCCCACUGACGGGAAAGGCAUGAUCAACAUAAUUGCUGCGGUGCAGAAACAACAGCAGCAGUCUGGCAACCACCCCAUUACUGUGCACUGCAGUGCUGGUGCUGGCCGGACGGGGACUUUCUGUGCGUUGAGUACAGUCCUGGAGAGGGUGAAGGCAGAGGGCAUCCUGGAUGUCUUCCAGACAGUCAAGAGCCUCAGACUGCAGAGACCACACAUGGUGCAGACACUGGAGCAGUACGAGUUCUGCUACAAAGUGGUCCAGGAGUAUAUCGAUGCCUUUUCUGACUACGCCAACUUCAAGUAGGGACUUGCCAUGGAUGGAUGAAUGGAUGGAUGUCCGCAUACACUUCAUACGAGCAUAUGCACGCACCAGAACACACACACAUACAUUACCAUGCAGAAAAGCUGCAUAUUCCCAUCUGAUGGAUUUUUUUAAAAAGCAUAGACUGAUCACAACUUGAUCUGCGGAUGGGAUGAACUGCCCGCAGGAAAAGGGAACAGAGGCCUCGGCCCGGAGGACAGGGCAGCGCAGUUGGACAGAGAAAAUAACUGAGAUGCCUUCUUGAAUAUUUUGUAAUAUUGGUCUUGUUAAUACAGCCCUUCACCCCUAUUUGCUUCCCAUCUCUCCCCCAUAUGUAUAUAUACUUACUGUGUUGCAUCUUAUUACUUUGGUUUCAGACACAGUUUUGAGUUUGGCUGCAUUUUCGGGUGGCACCUGUAAUGUAUUUUAUUGGUAUAUAUAUAUAAAUAUAUAAAUAUAUAUGAAUAUAAAUCUAAUGCUUUGGAGGCUAAUGUAAAAAAAAAUCCAGAGUCAAAGUGAUGAUGUUUGGAUUUUACUUUUUUUUUUUUUUUUUAACUUUUAAGGGGACAGAGACUUAAAGCAUUUUUGGCUUGGCCAUAGCCGUGCUGUAGCAACAUGUGUUGUAGCAGAACAUUUACAGACAUUCUUCACUAGACGUUCACACAGUACACACACACACACACACAUACACACACACACACGGACUAGACAGCAGAGCCAUUUAUCUUCACACAGAUUCAGUUCAAUCUAUCGAGCCACUUAACAAUUUCUCCUGUUUAAGUUUCAGGGGUUCAAAGGUCACUCAUGAUUGGAGAUCAGAAUCUCUGUGAUGUAGCUCAUCAACUCAGGUUGACAAACACACACACACACACACACACACACACACACACACACACACACACACACACACA